CGUGUCUGAUGAAAGGGGAGCUUCAUGUGGGUGGGUCUAGGGAUGGUCACUAUUAGGACGAUUCUAAACAAUGCCCAAAGGCAACUCUUUGGACGGUUCAAACUACAUGACAGUGUUAAGAACAAAGCUCCUAAGGGACUGGGCUCUGAUGGCCCCGUAGGGCUCGGAUUCCAUCAGCAUUUCCAUUUCUGGGAAUGCAUUUCCUCCCCUACACGGGGUGUGCCGUGAGAAGCGUGCCCAGAGGAGGGGCUCUUUACACUCUGUGCUCCGCCUCUCUCCCGUGGAAGGCUGACUGCCUCUCUUUCUCGAUGUCUUGAAAGGGCUCGAGGGCCCCAGGCCAAGGGGUCUUUGCUUUGCUUGACAGUGAGCAUCAGCUGGGGACAUGUCAAGUCGGGGGCUACUGUCAGAAUGGCCCACGUGUCCAUGCCAGAGUCACACUAAGGGGGGCUCUUCCAGCCUUACGGUCCCUCCUGGCCUGACAGCUGAGUCAAAGUCCCCCAUUAAGCCCCCCCCACCCCCCGCAUGCUUCAGCUUCCAGGACUAGAGUCCCCCUCCCCUGAAGCAGAUGCCAGGGGCUCUCUGAAAUUUGCCCUUGGUCUUUGGAAUCCUGACUCUGAGGCAACUCCUUGGGUGCGGAUCUUGGAAAGGCCACUUCAGAACUGUCCUGGCUGAGGCUCCGAUGACAGACUCUGCUUCUGUGUGGUUUGCAAGGUGCCAAAAACAUCUCCGGUGCUCUGGAAGGCGCGGCCAAUGGAAGUCGUGGCCGGGACCCCUCCCACUCCCCACCCCCCACCCCCCUCAGUGGCAUCCCAGCCUCCUGCCUCUCUCUCUCCUUCCUGAUCUGCCUGACUCAGUAGUGAGGACCUGGCAGCCUCAGGAUCUGUAGAACCCUGUGUCUGCAGUUCCCAGACAGAGCCUCGGCCUUUGCAAAGAUGGCCUGGAGACAGCUGUUCCUGAUCUGCUGUCUCUCGGCCGUUGUGCUCCUGUCCACCCUGCGGGAGGGGACUGCUGUGGCGGUGGGCUCCAGGCGGUUGGCAGGACAUGAGGUGCAGGAAGGCGUGCAAGGGAAGAUCUUCAUGCAGGAAUCAGAUGCCUUGAAUUUCCUCAAGAAGCGAGGCAAGCGGUCCUCCAAAUCCCGAGAAGAGGUCAAUGCGGAGAACAGGCAGAAGCUGCAGGCGGAUGAGCUACGGAAAGAACAUUACGAGGAACAAAGGAACCAGUUUGAGAACUUCGUGGAGGAGCAAAACGAUGAACAGGAAGAGAGAAGCCGGGAGGCCAUCGAGCAGUGGCGCCAGUGGCACAGUGACGGCCUGUACCCACCCUAUCUCUACAACGGCCACCAUAUCUGACCUCAGCCCGAUGCACCCAGAAGACGGCACCUGACAAACGCGCCCACCCUCGGCAUUCAGGCACCUCUUUUGCAUACAAACAGGCCCCUUCCCAGGGCCUCAGCCUGGGGCCUUCUGUUCUCGUGGAUGGAAACGCCCUGGCUUGCGCUUCUGGGCAGGUGAAUUUCUGAGGUGAGCCAAGGCCUGUGGGGCAUCACCCCUAUGGUGGUUUCCCACUGCUUUGCCACGGUUCCCACAGUGAGACUCCUGGCCCAUAGAACAAUGAAAGAAUCACAGUAGAGAGAAAAGACCACGUGUCUGCUUAUAGUUUAUGAAUAAAAACGCUGAGUCAACACUCUGUACCAUCCUCUUGAAUCUCACGCUGAGCCGCACCAGCUUGUCCCUCCCAGGUGACACUGGGCCUCUCCCGACUUGGGUGUCGGGAAGCUUGGACUCAGGAGCACUGCUCACUAUUUCCGCAGCCUGUCUCAGCAGUCACGUGACUGGAAGGGACCUGCUAAUGCAACUGUUUGGGAAAAACCAUUCUCCAAAGCCCAGGUGCUUCUCAUGUCUCUGAAAAAAGUCUUAAGGUUCAACGGUGGUUUCUUAAUGGCAUCACUCAGAGGCCAGUGUACGAGCAAGGCCGGCUGUAACCACUAGACAGCAGAUAAGGUUUAGUUUUAGUAUCACCUCCUUUUUCCUCAUAGUAUUAAUUUGCUAGAGCUGCACAGCCAAGUGCCAGAACUGGGAGGCUUAAAACAAUGAACAUUUAUCCUCUCACAGCUCUGGAGGUUAGAAGUCUGAAGUCAAGGUGUGGGCAGGGCCACACGCCCUCCUAAGGCUCCGGGUGAGGGUCCUCCCUUGCCUCUUCCAGCUUCCGGCGGCUCAGUUGUUCCCUGGCUUGUGGCAGCGUCACUCCAGUCUCUGUCGUCACUGUCACUCGGCCUUUUCUCCCCAUGUCUCCACACACUCUCCCCUCUGUGUUUCUGUGUCUCUUCUUAUAAGGACAACAGUCAUUGAGUUAAGGGCCCACCCUACCAGCCUCACUAACUUGAUUAUAUCUGCAAAGACCCUAUUUCUAAAUAAGGUCAACACUCACAGGUCUCAGGGGUUAGACUUCCACAUAUCUUUUUGGGGAAACAAUUCCGCCCAUAGCACUGCCCUUUCUUCUGUCCCAAGGGCUCUGCCUUCCUGCCCCAGGCUCUGCACGAGGCUGCUUCCAGCCUUGCUCCCAACUGCCUUCAGGAAUUCCACACUAAGAAUGCAGAAAACUCAAGAACAGCCUAAGUGGGCACCCCUGUGGGGUCAGCUCUCGAAGACAAAGCGGAAUGUGGGUGAAGAAUGAGCACCCACUCCUGGCCACCUCCCCGCCCCGCUCCUGGGCCUUGUGCCUCCGCCGCCUUAACUUGGGUCCCAGGCUGGCUGGUCCAGCCUGCUUUGGAGGCUGGGUUUCCAGAACAGUAAAGGGCAACUUUGUUUCGAGGAAAAGCUGCUCAACUGUAGUAAAAUCCCCCACCAGAGGUGGAACAAUGAACCAGAUCUGGACACUGUGCAAUGAAGGCAAAGGAAUUUUUAAAAGCCUGGGAUAAAAUCUUUAAAAACAUUUAGUGAUCAAGCAAUUAUGCACAUUCCAAGCCGCCUCAUGUAGAGCCAGCGCUUUAUCUGAAACCAGGUUGUCAGCGAACACCCCACCUACACGAUCUACGUUUUCCCACUGGCCACCCCCCACCUUUGGGCCUGUCUUCAACAGACAGGCUCUUCAGGAAGCCCGCUGCCCCCCACGGCUCCCACUACAAGUAACAGGAGCUUCAACUUAGAAGGUGAUAGCAGUGGAAGAAACCGGCAUGAAAUAAAAACUCUGCAGGUGCCUCAAUAUUUCAUUACUGUUUUUUCUUAUUACCUGAUGAGACUGAAAUUAUUUGGGAGGAGUGAGUAUUCCCAAGUUUCGGAGCGUAAAGCUGAACAGAC